UAAAGCAACCCAAGCUCUAUAUAUUAAGUAGUGAGGUUCCCGCUCGAACUUUCUUGCCCGCAACAAAAAAUGGCGGCAGUAAAACCCAUCUCACCUUUCAGACUAUCUUCUCUCCUCCGCCUCCAGAAGGAUCCUAACAUUGCACUUCAACUAUUCCAGAACCCAAACCCCACUACGCAACGCAGUAAACCCUUUCGCUACACCCUCCUUUCGUACGACCUCAUCAUCUCCAAGCUCGGUCGUGCAAAAAUGUUAGACGAAAUAGAACAAAUCCUACUUCAAUUGAAACAAGAUACUCGAAUUAUCCCGAAAGAGAUCAUAUUUUGCAAUGUCAUCACAUAUUAUGGCAGGGCACGCCUCCCGUCUCGCGCCCUCCAAUUGUUCGAGGAAAUGCCAUCUUUUCGUUGUGAGAGGACCAUUAAAUCUGUGAAUUCGUUAUUAAAUGCGUUUUUGAAGUGCAGAGACUUUGAUAAAAUGAGGGAAUUUUUUGUGGGUAUUGGGAAAUAUGCAAGACCAGAUACGUGCUCCUACAAUAUUCUCAUCCAUUCUUGUUGUGUGAGGGGUUCUGUUGAUCAUGCGUGGGAACUGUUUGAUGAAAUGCUUAAAAGGGGUUUAUGCCCGAAUUUGGUGACGUUUGGGACUUUAAUUUACGGGCUUUGUUCAAGUUUGAGGACAAAGGAGGCUUUCAAGCUUAAAGAGGAUAUGGUGAGAGUUUACGGGAUUUGGCCAAAUGCUCAUGUCUAUGCAUCUUUGAUUAAAGGGCUCUGUGGGGUUGGUGAGUUGAGUGCAGCUUUGACAUGUAAGGAGGAGAUGGUGAAAACUAAGAUGAAGUUGGAUUCAGCAAUUUAUUCUACUUUGAUUGAUGGGCUUUUAAAAGUUGGGAGGAAGAAUGAGGCUUUUGGGCUUUUAGAGGAAAUGGAAUCAAAUGGAUGCAAACCGGAUACUGUGACUUUUAAUGUAAUGAUUAAUUGGCACUGUAAAAAUAACGAUUUUGAGGCAGCAUAUCGGGUUUUGGAUGAGAUGGCAGAUAAGGGUUGCAGACCUGAUGUUAUAAGUUAUAAUGUGAUAAUUGGAGGGUUGUGCAGGGAUGAGAAAAUUAGUGAAGCAAAUGAUUUAUUUGACGAUAUGCGGAGAAGGGGAUGUGUGCCUGAUGUUUUGUCCUACAGGAUUCUCUUUGAUGGGUUUUGCAAUGGAAAGCAGUUCAAGGAAGCGGCAUUUAUUUUGGAUGAGAUGUUGUUUCAUGGUUAUGCACCUCGAUGUGCUAGUCUCCACAAAUUUAUUAAUGGUCUUUGUGAUGAAGGGAAUUCAGAGUUGUUAUGGACAGUCUUGAACAGUCUGGGACAAGGAAAUGCCAUUGAUUCAGAUUCAUGGGGGAUGGCAAUUUCUUUAUUUUGUAAUGGAGAUAAGCUGCCAGCAAAGCUUGUUGAUGCUUUGAGCACCACAUAGAAUGAUAUAACACUAACAGGACUAAAGUUGGUUUAAUUCUGUUACAAAGCCAUUUUCAUUCUCCGGAUUGUUAUAAUGUUUUAGAGUAAUUAAUUGGUUCUCUAAAGUUCAUUGUGCCUGGAGUGAAUUUUUGUUCCAUUCACGGUCAUUGAUAAGAUUGUAGAUGGUCUGGACUAGUUCUGAUACGGCCUAGGACAGUCUGCUCUAUCAUAUUCGCAGACGUUCUGUAUAUUCUGUCCAAUUCCACUGCAUUUGGGAUGGUCACCAUUCUGUGAGAUGCUGAGAUUUGAAGGGGCAUAUGGUCUCGCAUAAUGCCUUGUGUGAAUCAAGUUUCAUGGUCAGAUAAGACCUCUGAAUCAUGCAUUGUUAGGAAUUACCAUUUGUGGGUGAAAGAGAGAAGGGUGACAUAUCCAUUUGGAACCCUCGCUGGAAAGGUUUGAAGGAAGAUUCCUGGUUGGAAAUUUUGUUCUGUCCUCCAAUCCAUCCUAAGGGAGGAUCCAUUGAAGGCUUUGUUUCGAGCUCUCUACAGAUUAGGCAGUAACAAGGAAGCUUUUAUCAGUUAUUACAUCAUCAACUCUGAAUCUAAUCAGAAGUAUCAGUUUUUCUAGGGAAACUCAUGAUUGGGAGCUAGGAACUCUUCCUUGAUUUCUAGGAACUGAUCUAGAAACUGAUUUGAUAUGUAUUGUUCGUGAGACUAUGAGAGGACAAUCAACAUAGGAAAAUAAUAACACUUUCUCAAUUGUACUUGUAUCUAAUUACGGUACGUACUCACAUGGUGUUUGAUCAUUGAUGUUGUGAUUAUCGUUUCUAUUUUAGUAAUAAGA